AUGGCAGCAGUAAGAGCGCGCUCCACUCGCAGACUUCGCUCCUGGAUAGUCGAGCAGGUCGACAGUGGAAAAUAUCCCGGUGUGGUUUGGGAUGAUGAGGCCAAAACCAUGUUCCGCAUCCCCUGGAAGCACGCGGGAAAACAAGACUUCAGAAAAGACGAGGACGCCGCCAUCUUCAAGGCGUGGGCCGAGUUUAAGGGGAAGCUGACGGACGGGGAGCAGAACAAUCCGGCCAUCUGGAAGACCCGCCUGCGCUGCGCACUCAACAAAAGCCCAGAAUUCAAAGAGGUGAUGGAACGAGCCCAGCUGGACAUAUCCGAGCCGUACAAGGUCUACCGCCUGGUCCCCACCAACGAGCAAGGCCUGGUGAUGCCGGACAAGAAGAGCCGAGAUAAAGGAAGCAGGAAGCUGAAAAGGAGGAGCAGCAGCUCUGAGAGCGAACACGUUGGUGCGGUCAAGCGGAUAAAGACGGAAGAGGUCACCUCUCAGCUGCCUUUGGUAGAAGCUGCGCUGCAGAGCGACGUCCUGGUUCAGACAGACGAGGCAUCGCCACGCACCACCAUCAUCCAGGGAGACGCGCUGAAUGAGAUCAGGCUGGAUGUUCGGAUAGAGGAGAACGUCCCGGCUCCAUCCGGAGUUCAGGACUCCUUCUGUGUGGAGGUCCAAUAUUUGGGACGGGAGGUCCUGAAACGGCAGAUCCACGGCACCGACGUGCGGAUAACGUACCUGCCCUCCUCCCUCGCCCCCCCCACGCCGGCGGCCCUGAACAGUCGUUUCCCACGCAUCCCGCUGCCGGAGCCGCCCUCCGGCCUGCACGCCGGCCCCGAGAGGCAGGCCAUCUUCACCCUGCUGCCCUUCAUGGAGAAGGGGGUGGUGCUGACCUCCACGCCGCAGGGCGUGUACGGCAUGAGGUUCUGCCAGGGGCGGAUCUUCUGGACCGGGCCACACACCGCCUCUCCCGGUCCGCACAGGAUGGAGAGGAAAACCGACCCGGUGCUGCUCUUCAGCAAAGACGUCUUCAGACAGCAGUUGGACGACUUCUGUUCAAAUGGGGGCGAGCCCCCUCAGUGCAGCUUCACUCUGUGCUUCGGAGAGGAGAUGAGCAACAAAGAAGACCCCUCCAGGAAACUGAUCAUUGCCAAGAUCUCUUUACCGUGGGCAGAGCAGCAGGUCCAGAGCGCCAUGUCCUUCUUCGAGUCCAUCUCAGUCCUUCAAACACUGGCCAGCCAGUCGCCACUGGGAGAAAUAACCCUGAACCUGGUCUCAGUGCCCUCGGCUGCUACUGAACUCGAUGUCUGUGUCCCCCUCUCAGCACUUUGA